CUCUCUCUUUUCGUGAGAUGCAAUCGGCCAUAGCUGUUCUUUCUGAUGGUUCCCUCACCCUCGAUGACAAUUUUGACAGGAUGUGCACGAUUUUGGCCCUGUAAAUAGUUUGGGGUUUCUGGGUCGUUUCCAUUUUCGUGUAUAGCGAGAGAGAAACUGUCGUCUUGGCCUCAAGGAGCAAGGUUUUUCUUCAGCAGCAGCAGCAGCAGCAAAUUUUCACGUAUUUUAGGUUUUCAGGAAAAUGGCGAGAGGCAAAAUUCAGAUGAAGCGUAUAGAGAACACAACGAGCAGGCAAGCCACCUUCUCGAAGCGCCGGAACGGGCUGAUGAAGAAGGCUUACGAGCUGUCCGUUUUAUGCGAUGCCGAAAUCGCAGUCAUCAUCUUCUCCCAAAGAGGAAGACUUUAUGAGUUCUCAAGCUCCACCAACAUGCAAAAAACUAUAGAGCGAUAUCGUCAACAUGCCACAGAAGAUGUGGCAAAAAAGGCCAACAUGGAGCAAUAUAUGCUGCAUCUACAACAUGAGGCUGUAGACAUGGCAAGACAAAUAGAGCUCCUUGAACUCUCAAAACGGAAGUUUUUGGGACAAGGUUUGGGAUCAUGCUCGGUCGAUGACCUUCAGGAGAUCAGUGGUGAGUUGGAGCGAAGCUUGAGCACUAUCAGAGCGAAAAAGGACCAAUUAUUCAAGGAGCAAAUCGAACGACUUAAAGCAAAGGAGGUGCUCCUUUCGGAAGAAAAUUCCAGAUUGCAUGAGAAGUGUGGUGAGACCGAAAAGCCACGGCAGUCACCAUUACUGGCUCAACCGAAAGAAGCGGGAAUUUGCAGCCUAAGCAGCCAAAGUUCAGACGUUGAGACCGAAUUGUUUAUUGGACUGCCUCAAAUGCACUUCUGAUUUUUUAUACAGAUGAAUAACCGAAGAACAAGCGAAUUCGACCGUUCUUUCUGAUUUCGCAUGGCCAGGCCCUCCAAUAAACCAUGCAGGAUAGCCUCUUUGUCUACCCUGCUGGAGCUUGUGCUUCGUCCCCAGUCAAGAUUGUCGAGUGCAAUAUUCUUUAUUUGGAUUCCUGUAAACGUACGUAUGAUCUCAUAAGUAGCAAAGAGAACGUGAAUCAGCAGGUUAUGUGAUAAAUGGAUGAUGAUAAUAGAUGCUGGUGUGCUUUUCGAUUGCUUU